UCCUCCUCUCACACACUGAUGGGAGAGAAAGCUUUAGAGAGAGAAACUUCCUGACGGACUGACGGCGGCCGGAAUCUUCAUCUCCGCCGGUGGCUCUGCUUUAGCUCUCUCGCCGGCGCCGGAUAUUUGCUCAAGUUCUUUCUUUCCGGUGAUAUUUCCGGCGAUAUCUCAAAUGCUUAGCUCGCAUUUUGUGGUUUUUUAAAUCAAACUCUUUGUUUUCGUUUUUUCUCCGCAAUUCCUUCAACUCUUUAGAGCUCGAAUCGGUUGUUUUCAAAGCAAUUUCUAGGGUUUUUCAAUGCUUUUUUUUUUUAACCUUCCGAAGAUUCGCAUUUGUUUGAGCUCGACGUUUUUUGAUUUCUAGGGUUAUUCUCAAUUGCUAAUGUGGUUGUUUUGUUGUGUUUCGUUGUAAUCUUCUCUGAUUUCUCUUCACAUUUUUUCUCUACUUGUUUGGUUUCGCAAAUUCUCGCCGUUACAGACUAGUUGAUAUAUACAAAUAUCUGUAUAUAUUUAGACGGUUCUGUACUUGUUUGAAGUUUUUUUUGAGUGCUAAAGUUCAAAAUCAAGUCAUUUCAGCUCUGUUUUGGAAGUUGUUUGGUUUCUCUUCUUUUGUUUCAGCUGUAUUUUCGCAUUGAUUUCUUUCUUGAAUUGAGUUUUUCUGCAAAACCAAACAAUGUCUUCACUUUCUUGACAAGCACCACCAUAACUUCUCUAUCUCUCUGGUUCUUUAUAUGCAUUAUGGACAGUUUGCAUUUACUUGAGAACUAAAUGCUAUUUAUUUCCAUCUGGGGAUUAGAAAUGAAGAAGUUGUUGAGUCUAUUCAUUUUGCUUCUCUUUGUUCCUAUUUCUGUGAGAUCUUUGAACCCAUCUCUAAAUGAUGAUGUUCUGGGCUUGAUAGUCUUCAAAGCUGACAUCCAAGAUCCCAAUGGACAAUUGGUUUCUUGGAAUGAAGAUGAUGACAGCCCUUGUAAUUGGGUUGGUGUGAAAUGCAAUCCUAGAUCUAACAGGGUCUCUGAGCUUGUCCUUGAUGGGUUUGCUCUCUCUGGAAGGAUAGGCAAAGGCCUACUCCAAUUGCAAUUUCUCCGGAAGUUGUCUUUGGCGAAAAACAAUAUUUCUGGAAGCCUAAGUCCUAAUCUCACCCAACUUGUGAACCUUCGGAUUAUUGAUUUGAGCGAGAACAAUCUUUCUGGCUCAAUACCCGGUGAUUUCUUCCAGCAAUGUGGGUCUUUAAGAUCAAUUUCUUUGGCUAAUAACAAGUUUUCAGGCCAAAUUCCAGACAGUUUAAGCUCGUGCUCGACACUUGCUGCAAUUAACUUCUCAUCCAAUCAGUUUUCGGGUCCAUUACCGUCUGGGAUCUGGUCUUUGCAAGGGCUUAGAUCACUUGAUCUGUCAAACAAUUUGCUGGACAAAGAGAUUCCAAAGGGGAUUGAAUCAAUGAAUAACUUGAGGGGAAUUAACUUGGGGAAGAAUAAGUUUACAGGGGUGGUUCCAGAUGGAAUUGGCAGUUGUUUGCUUUUGAGGUCAAUUGAUUUUAGCAAGAAUUCUCUAUCCGGGAAUCUUCCAAACACAAUGCAGAAACUUACCUUGUGUAAUGAUCUAAAUUUGCACAAAAACUCGUUUGCUGGUGAGGUUCCUGAGUGGAUUGGGGAAAUGGGAAGCCUUGAGACACUGGAUCUUUCAGAUAAUAGAUUUUCUGGUCAGGUUCCAACUUCAAUUGGCAAUCUUCAGUCUUUGAAAAUGCUGAAAAUUUCCAUGAAUGCUUUAACCGGGACCUUGCCAGAAUCUAUGAUCAACUGCAAAAACCUUCUGGUCAUAGAUUUCAGUCAGAAUUCAUUGACGGGUAGUCUUCCUGAUUGGAUAUUUAAGUUGGGUAUACAGGAAGUUUUGCUUUCAGGAAAUAAGAUAAGUGGGAGUAUGGAUAGUCUUUUUUCUUCAUCAGCUGAGAAUUCGCGUAAAAAACUUCUAGUCUUGGAUUUAUCCCGCAAUGCAUUGUUGGGAAAAAUUCCAUCUGCUGUCGGGGAUUUUAGCAGCUUGGAGGUCAUGGACUUGUCUAGGAACUCACUCGUUGGUGGCAUUCCGGCAAGUAUUGGAGAACUAAAGACAUUGAAUGUUCUGGAUUUGAGUGAGAAUCAGUUAAGUGGAAACAUUCCUAUGGAAAUCGGGGGAGCUGUAUCUCUAAAGGAAGUGAGACUAGAGAAGAAUUCUUUGGCGGGGACAAUUCCAACUUCCAUUGAAAAAUGUUCUUCACUAAUGUCGUUGAUUCUUUCUAGAAACUGCCUUACUGGCCCAAUACCGACAGCUGUAGGAAACCUUGCUAACCUUCAAAUCGUAGACUUGUCUGUUAACAGACUCACCGGAACCCUACCAAAGCAAUUGGCAAAUCUUUCCCGCCUUGUCUCCUUCAACAUUUCCCACAACCAGCUACAAGGCGAACUACCUGCUGGAGGUUUUUUCAACACCAUUGCCCCCUCUUCUGUCUCAGGCAAUCCAUCACUUUGUGGCG